CAUUGCCAACCCAACUCCAAGAGUGAACGUCAACGACACCAAGCCGCAGACACCUGCAUGCUUGCAGCCACGCUCCUUCCACGUCCUCUUCGUCCGAUAUCUCUAUCCGUGAACCGGCGCCAUGUCUAACGUUGUCGUGGGCACCAUCUACCAGCAGAUCAUCGAGAAGGUCAUCCAGGCUUCGCAGAAUGACUUCGAGGAGUUUGGAGUCGACCAGGCGACGCUGACCGAGAUGAGAGAUGUCUGGCAGACCAAGCUCACGAAUCUCAACAUCGCGCAGUUCCCGUGGAGCCCCGCCGCCGUCGUGCAGGACCGCAACACGCCAACUGUGCCCUCCAAUGCACCGAAGCAGGAGCCGUUGGACUCGCCGCAGAUCCCGUCCAUGCCGACCCAGCCAGUGCAGACCGGCUACGGUGGCACACGCAUCAAGACCGAGUCAGGAUACGACAGCCCAGUCUCUGCGACCUUCCAGCAGCAGCCCAAUGGCUUUGCGGGAUCCGGGGGCUAUCCGAAUCCUCAGCUCACUGCCCAGCAGCGGAGGGACCAGCUCAUAGAGCAGAGAUUCGGGGUCCAGGGUAGCAACCUAGCCAUGGGCCAGCACGGCCAGCAUGGCGUCAACAUGCCCCAGCCUGGUCAGCAACAGCAUCAGCAACAGCAACACCGCAUGCAAAUGGCUGGUCAGCAAAUGCCUGGCCAGGGCCAACAGGGCCAACGUCCUCCGCACAUCGCUCAGCGCCAGAGUGGGCUCUACUCUGCGCAGAACGACGGCUCUGGUGAUGCCCUAGAAGAGUGGAGCACCAUGUAUGCAGGCCUGAAGGCUGAGCCAGAGGAUGGUCCGAACGGCAGGCACGCCGCUGACCGUCUGAUGCGCGACCAGGUUGAGGCGAUGGCGCAGCGCCAGGACAGCGGACUCAUGGUACCCCUCGAUGAGCUCCCCAAAAGCAGGAAGCGCAAAGUAGCCCGUCGCGUCCGAAAGCAGGCGUCAUCGUCCGAGGCCAGCUCUUCGAAGACUCCUCGCAUUGCUCAACUGGAUGGAGAGGAUGAUGACGAAGACAAGAAAGAAGAGCGGGACGAGGAUGCUAUCAAUUCCGAUCUCGACGAUCCGGAAGACGAUAACGACGGCGGUGACGACAGCAAUGACGAGAACAUGGACUACAUGCUCUGCACUUAUGACAAGGUCCAGCGGGUCAAGAACAAGUGGAAGUGCACCCUGAAGGACGGUAUUCUUACCACCAACAAGAAGGAGUACCUCUUCCACAAGGCCAACGGCGAGUUUGAAUGGUAAUCAAUUCAUUCAAACACGGUUUUGUUUGAAUUAGCUGAUAGUUUCCGUGAGAUUCUACGAUGCGGGAGGGGCGCCAGGCACACAAUUUGAGAUAUCGACAGGAGGCAUGGAUGCCUGAUAGGUGGGUUUCUUGCUUACCAAGGUUGGCUCUGGGGGCGUUCAAGGGUGGCGGCGUGAAAUUUGUAGAG